AUGCUGACCUCAGCAUCCCCUCUCCUCGCUCCCAGGAUGCUCUGGGUCCUCUUGUUGUUGGCCGCCUUCAGGAGUGCUCAGAGUGGAGUCUGGGACAACCCCAACUGCACCAAGGGUGUGGUUGUUGUGUCGAAGGGCCAGCCAGCCACCAUGAGCUGCAGCAUCUCCAAUGCCUUCUCCCACAUCGACAUCUCCCUGAAAGCGAACCCCACGGCACCCUGGGAGCUCAUCUUCAGUGUAAAGGCCCCAGGAAACUACUGCCAGGAUCGAUGGCAGCUCUGGAUUCAAGAGGGUGAGGCGCAAUUGGUGAUUCAAGAAGCCCAGGGCAGCCAGGCAGGGCGGUAUAAGUGGAGUCUGAAUGGGCGCCAGAGAAACAUCAGAAUCACCACCCUGGCCGUCUUAGACCUGCUCCUCACACCUUCUGCAGGUCAGCAGAUGAGCAUACCCCGUUCUGAUCUUAAUCCUGAACACACUGGGCCAGAUGCUGGUAAUAUUCCCCAUGCUUUCCCUGGUAGUCCUCCUCAGCCUGCUGAUCUGCACGCUGGCCUGGUUCCGAAGGUGUGGCUUUCUAAACUUCAAGCUCCAGAAUGUAUUGGCCUCUGA